GAGCUCUUUCCCGUUUCUGUUGUGUUUAAGGUGUUUGCCCUCGGAGGUGCUGGGUCAUGGUGCUCGCUCCUCAAUUUUAUUUGUAAAUUGGAUUUUGGAUUUCAAAAUCUUCAAAACAUUUGCAGAUAUCUAUUAGAUAUGGCAAAAAUGGGAUUAUGGAAGAAUAGUUUCAAAGUUGGAUUUCUCUUUGUAAUGUGUUGUGGUGUUGUGUAUAGUGACUCCGAAGAUGAUACAGGUACUACAUCCGAUAAUAGUGACUCGGGGAUAACACUCGCAACGACAGUAUCAUAUUCUGCUGGUGAACAUACUCCACCUCCACAACCUAUAGAGGACACAUAUUAUAAAGAGGAGGAUGAUAAUAUGAAUUUAUUUGGAGGGUUUUUGACUGAACUGUAUGAGAAAGAAAAUGUUGCAAAAGUAGACGACGGGCAAAUCACUUCGGUUCCCUCAACCGGCAAAGUUACAGCCGAAAGCACAGGACAUAACGCUGUUCAGGAGCCUAACUUCGUGCCUGAUGUGUAUAUGUAUGAUUCAGAAGAAGAAGACGAUUUGGAUACGCAUGGAGGAGAAUUUAACAUUCUUGAAAAAAUAAGUGAACAGUCCUCGAAAAGAGGAAGUGGUUCAGAUGGAUCCAGUAGUGCGUCGAGUGAAGAAUCCUCAUCUAGUGAAAAUAAUGCAGGUGGAAGCGAUGGUGAUUUGAACGGAAAAUCAGACAGUAUGUUAAGUUCAAGUGGAGUGGCUCGCGAUUCUUACGAUGGAUCAACAGGUUCAGAUAGUUCAAGUAGUGAAUCUAAAGGUGGAAAUGAUGUUAACCGUGUAUCUGGAGAGUUAGAAGGUGAUGAGAAAUCCAACAAUGGCUUCCGUCUUGCAGCUCCUUCUGGAGACAGCAGCGACGAUUCUUCCAAUGAAGAUUCAGGAGAAGGGAGCUCUAAGACCAAAAAUUGCAAAUGUAAGGAGAAAGGAGGAGAUGGAGAAAACAAUUCUGGAUCUAGCGAAAAUGGAUAUGGAUCUAACAGUGGUGGUUCAGGUAGUAGUGACUCAGGCAGUAGUGGAUCUUUCAGUGGAAAUACAGAUGAAGAUUUGUCACGUGGUGGAAGAGUCGGAGACCAAGGUGACUCUAGUAGUGAAGAGAGCUACUAUGAUUCUUCCUACAGCGAAGAGCACAGUAGUAGUGAAAGUGUUGAAGAACCCGAAAACCCCAUAGAUAGCCCUAAUUCUCCAGACUCCCCUAAACAAGGACGCGAUAACGGCCUUAAUAAAGAACGAAAAGACUACGGUACUUCCAUUCAUCGUCUUUUCCAACAUAACACCAACACUCUCGUAAAAGUAGUGAAUAGAUAUUCCUCUGAUACUCCAUCUGGUCCUCAGGGAAAUGAUCUUUCUCGAAACUUCUACCCUCGCAUAUCAACUCAUGAAUCAAAGUCUAGGCCUCCAAUAGCAUCUUAUAUUGUCCCAAUGUCCACCACACCACCUCCAGUUAGCGGUGGGCCACCUAGCAUCACAGAAAUCACACGGAAAGUGCAUAUACGGGAGUAUCUUGAGCCACCUGUUAUCCGUGAUUACAAUCUGACCCCUAAAACCUCGUUCUGGUUGCCACCGGAUGUCGCUAAACCUCCAGAAUGGCAGGAUCAGAAAGAAUGGAUAAAUAUCAAAAUUGACUUGGAGAAGCCUGCUCACUGGAUAGAGGAUCCCAACUCUAAUGGAAGCAUUCCUCGUUGGAACAUCCCGUAUAUUCCUCCCGAUUGGUUCAAAAAACAAAACGAAAAGCUCACCACCCAGCUUCAUUUCGAACUAACAACACCUGGUCCCAAUAUGGUUCACUGGUCACCGAAGCCAAAUGAAAAUGAUAGGACGACACAUGUCCCAGAAUACUUAGCCAGGAAACGAGUUUGCGACAGGAAAUUUGACAUCGUGUUGGCGAUAGACGGUACAGGCAACGAAAAAGACUUUGGAUAUUUGAAGGGAGCUCUAGUGCAGCUCCUGGACCGGCUUAUCAUGGGAGAGAAUAAGGUGCAGGUUGGAGUGGUGUUACUGGGUAAUAACGACGCUCUACAGAUACCCGUCAGUGGAGACCGCUCAGAACUAGAGGACAGAAUAGCUCGAUUAGGUUUACCCGAAGAUAGCAAUAGAUAUGAUAUUGCGUUGAAAUCUGCUGGAGAACUUGUUGAGACACAAGGCAGGAAAGGUGUCUCUAAAGUAAUAAUCAUGAUUGUCAAUGAUAAAUCCCGAUACGACUAUUACACCCAAAUGGAAGCAGCGCGUCUUCACAGAAGGGGAAUCUCCGUGUUUACCGUUGGGGUUGGAUACAAUACAAAUGAAGAAGAGUUGAAACUCAUAUCCUCUAGUGAGAACGAGAUUAUCCGAGUGAAGAAUUACGUCCACCUUGUCUACCUGAUGACUGGAUAUGUCCAGCUGUUCUGUAACGUGGAGGACAAUUACCUUCCUCCACCAACCCUAGCUCCACCUCAACAAACUGUAACACCGAAAGGCAAUGUAAUCACUAAACUGACUACAGACGUUAAUUCAGAACCAACUCCUAGGGAAGCAAAGAUACUCUGUGAGGGUUGUAAAAUGACCAAUGGCGCUGGAUUCAACAGUCAUCCCAAUGAAUGUAACUUGUUUGUCCACUGUUAUUAUGGAGAACUUGGUCGUCUUAGAGCAAUGAUACAAAGGUGCCCAUUUGGACAAUUUUGGAAUCAAACUAUUCUGUCUUGUCAGUAUUCAGAAAGAUCUUAUUGUCCUGUGGAUCGCUGCAGUUAUGUCAGGGAGAAGGAGUAUGAGGAACCAGAAAACUGUCGCGCCUUCUGGGAGUGUUCGAAUGGCUAUUCCAUAGGAAGAUGUUGUAGAUUUGGAUUUCAUUACGUAAAAGGGGAGGGUUGUGUCAGGGAUGUUGAUAGGACCUGUCGUAAAAGCUGUCCAUUGAAUUCACCAGUGGAACUGAAUUCUUAUAACACACCUACAAGGCCAGUUUGUGACAAAAUUCCAAUCGCUAACGAUAGACAGAAUUUCAAGCAGCUAAUGAUAGGGAUAGGAUAUGUCACAAUGCCCUGUCCAGAAGGAACGCAAUAUAACGAAAGAAAGUGCACAUGCGCAGUAAUAGAACCCGGUUAUCCGACCUUUAAGGCGACUAACGUCCAGAAACCUGUUGCUGGCUGCACACCCGAGGUGAAAUUAAACUUCAAUAAUGGUGUCACCGAUGCAUCUGGAAAAUGGACUUAUAUUAGCAAUGAAAAUGUAGAUGUUCAAGAUGGAAUGGCAGUCUUCAAUGGAAAAAGUCGAUUGCUUAUUCCUAGGUUCACAAAUGUUGACUUCGGCAAAACCUUAGUCAUACGCCUUCGUUACAAGGAACUGGAAAAAUUAGAGUUUAACGAGUCACAAGCUUUAAUUAACAAUGGAGACUGUGGCGAUGUUGGGUCCAUUCAAGUAUUUACAAAGCGUAAUUCCGUUGGAUACACGGUGAAAACAACAAGACAACCCGGUCACGUUGCAUUACAACUCCAUAAACCACAUUCAGAGUGGAAAGACGUUGAAUAUAUUGUGUCUGACGGAAAACUUGAAGGUGUAUUAAAUGGAGCACACGCCUCAAAGAGUUCACUUGGUGCUGUGGAGUCAAGACAGUGUGCUCUACAGGUCGGUUUUGGGCCGGGUCAUAGAAAUUUUAGAGGUCACCUUUCUAUGUUGGAAAUCUACCUAUGCAAACCAGAAAAAGCGAUGAAGUAUUCUUGAUAGCUCUUCGUCCUUUACAUGAUUAGAAAUCCAGGUUUUAAAGGAGAACAAACUAUAUACAAAGUAUUAGUAUGACAAGACACAUUAAAAAAAUUAUCACGAGAUUAUUUCAUUCAAAGUGCUUCUGGAUUCCUACUUUUCAAAUGAAAUCCUUACUCACUUUGAACAUGCCUUUUCGAACACGCAGACCACAAUCUGAUUGGUUUUAUAUAUACCCAAUACGCAGCUGUGUUUAACUGUGCAUAUUUUGUACUGUAUUUUCUGUGUAUAUAUAUACCUCAUAUGUGUAACAAAUAACAUACUUGUAUAUAUUACAUCCAUCAUAUUAUCAUGAUUUGAUCGUUAUAAAUCAGGGAUAUAACAAAGCAAAAUUAAUAGUGAUAACAUUCGAUUUCGUAUAACGUCAAGUGUAUAUUACACAGUAGAGAAGCACUGAUCAUUCUGUUCACUGUGUGAGAUCUUUACUGUCACAUGAGUAUGAUGAUGCAUUAAAUUAACAUUGUAUUGUGAUGUUGUGGUUGUGUACAAACCAUGCUCAUUCUUAGAAAAAGUUGUUUUUGUCUCAUAUUUUAUAUAAAAUAUUCUAUCAAAAUCUCA